AAUAAUGAUCUCUCCCUUCUCUUUCUAACCUCAGCUUAUCAUUUACUCUGCAAAGCGCAAAUAAAAUCAACGAGAAAAGAUAACGCCAUUGCUACAGCUUAGCUCCGAGUAGGAUAAACUCCUGAAAAUGAAGGGCUUGAUUCAGCUACCUUACGAUGCUUCUGUGCGGGUUUUAUUAGCUUCACUGGAACGAAAUUUGCUGCCAGACACUGUCAUUAGGAGCCUUACUCGACUGCUCUUGGCCUCCCGUCUUCGUUCUGGCUACAAACCUUCCUCUGAGCUCCAGCUCUCUGACCUCCUCCACUUCGUUCAUUCUCUAAAAGAAAUGCCUAUAGCUAUCAGGACGGAGGAGCCCAAAGCUCAACAUUAUGAAUUGCCUACUUCUUUCUUCAAGUUGGUUCUUGGUAAAAAUUUAAAGUACAGUUGUUGUUAUUUUUCUGAUAAAUCAAACACCUUAGAGGAUGCUGAGAAAGCAAUGUUGGAGCUCUACUGUGAAAGGUCACAGCUAACAGAUGGCCACACUGUCCUUGAUGUUGGAUGUGGCUGGGGGUCACUUUCCUUAUACAUUGCCAAAAAGUAUAGCAAUUGCAGGAUUACUGGGAUUUGCAACUCAACAACCCAGAGAGCAUUCAUUGAGGAGCAGUGUCGGGAACAUCAGCUGCAGAAUGUAGAAAUCAUUGUUGCAGAUAUUAGCACAUUAGAAAUGGUGGCAUCCUAUGAUCGUAUAUUCUCCAUUGAAAUGUUUGAGCAUAUGAAAAACUACAAAGAUCUUCUUCAGAAGAUAUCCAAGUGGAUGAAACAGGAUAGCCUUCUUUUCGUGCAUCAUUUCUGCCACAAGGCAUUCGCUUACCACUUUGAGGAUAUAAAUGAAGAUGACUGGAUUACUAGGUAUUUCUUCACUGGAGGAACAAUGCCUGCUUCAAAUCUGUUGCUUUAUUUCCAGGAUGAUGUUUCUGUUGUCAACCAUUGGCUUGUGAAUGGGAAACAUUAUGCACAGACAAGUGAGGCGUGGCUCAAAAGAAUGGACCAAAACAUGGCUUUGAUUAAGCCAAUAAUAGAAUCAACUUAUGGCAAGGAUCAAGCUAUCAAGUGGACCGUCCACUGGAGAACAUUCUUUAUUGCAGUUGCAGAACUUUUUGGAUACAACAAUGGGGAAGAAUGGAUGGUUGCACUAUUCCUGUUUAAGAAAAAUUGAGCAUGAAAAAACUCCUCCCUGUUAAAUUUUCUCUUGUUUGAAUUAAAUAAGCCAAAUACUUCAAUCAGAUACAGUAUGUAACUAAUUAAUUAGUCUUUAAAGACUAAUUUAGUCAUGAUAAUUCCACUGCUACCUUCUUUUAAACCCUCUAAUUAGCUCCAAGGACAACCAGAAUGUAUUUUUUAAUUAAAUCAAACAAUUAAUAGAUAGUUUCGCAUGAUUGUUUCAAUAA